CUAAUUCAUAUAGGUGUAUGCAAGUGUUUCAUGUGUGUGUGUGUGUGUGUGUGCGUAAGUGAAGUUUGAUUUAAGCCCUAUACGGCGCCUCAUACCCGCACACGCGCGCACACCCUUUCACACGCGCGCGCUGUGUCUCUGUGCUCGCAUUUGCAGGCUGUGUGACUGUGAGCAGUAAGCGGGUGUGCGUGUAAGAGAGAGAGAGAGAGAGAGUGUGCGUGUAUUUGGACUUGAGGAGAGCAGCAGGGCGCAUCGCGGGAAUUCUCCUCACUCUGCUCACUGGAUUCUGAAUGGGGUUUUACACCAGGAUAAACUUGGGAUAAUUUUGCAGGGCUGACUGUCUCCCCUUGGUUUUGGACACAAUGAUUGCGCUGAGCUUGAGGGAUUUGUUACUGGGGACUCUUCUGAUUUCUGUGUUCUCAGCAGUAUCAGUCCAGACUAACCCAUUUGCCUCCAUAUCACCUCUGGCUGCUCCCCGGAUCUACCUGUCCUUUAAAGAGCUGAAGUCUACUGGCACGGCACACCACUUCGCUUUCUUGCUCAACUCCACAGACUACAGGGUCCUGCUUAUGGACGAGGAUCAUGACCGCAUGUAUGUGGGCAGCAAGGACUACAUCCUUUCCCUAGACCUAAAUGACAUCAACAAAGAGCCCCUUAUAAUACACUGGCCUGUGGCUCCUCUGAGAAAGAAUGAGUGUGUUCUGUCAGGGAAGGAUGUCAACGGCGAGUGCGGGAACUUCAUCCGGUUGAUUGAACCAUGGAACCGGACUCACCUGUAUGUGUGUGGAACAGGUGCCUACAACCCCAUUUGUACCUACGUGGACAGGGGUCAAAAAUCACAGGCUUUGCUCCAGAAUCAGAAUCUUCGUGCAGGAGGCCGAACAAGUCGUGCAGCAGAGCCCAGCGCCUCACCUGAGCCUUAUGCACCCAAGGAAUACAUCUUUCGCCUAGAGCCUGGUAAAGUGGAUUCUGGGAAAGGAAAAUGUCCAUUCGAUCCCAAAUUAAACAGUGUGUCUACGCUAAUCAAUGGUCAGCUCUACGCUGGAGUGUACAUCGAUUUUAUGGGAACGGACUCUGCUAUUUUCCGUACACUAGGGAAACACACGGCCAUGAGGACUGACCAGUACAACUCUCGCUGGCUCAAUGAUCCCACAUUCGUCCAUGCGCAGCUCAUACCAGAUAGUGCAGAGAAAAAUGACGACAAGCUAUACUUCUUCUUUCGAGAGAAGGCCUCGGAAAUGGGUCAGACCCCAUUGACUCAAUCCAGAAUUGGCAGGAUCUGUUUGAAUGAUGAUGGAGGUCACUGCUGUUUGGUUAACAAAUGGAGCACCUUCCUGAAGGCUCGGCUAAUCUGCUCCGUAACCGGGGCUGAUGGCAUUGAGACCCAUUUUGACGAACUCCGGGAUGUGUUUAUUCAGAAGACUCAAGACACCAAGAAUCCUGUCAUCUAUGGAGUCUUCUCAGUGUCUGGGUCAGUGUUUAAGGGGUCAGCCAUAUGUGUAUAUUCCAUGGCCGACGUGCGUAUGGUCUUUAACGGCCCCUUCGCCCACAAGGAAGGUCCAAACUACCAGUGGAUAGCCUACCAGGGGAAAAUCCCUUACCCACGACCUGGGACAUGUCCAGGAGGGACGUUCACCCCUAACAUGAAAUCCACUAAAGAUUACCCCGAUGAGGUUAUCAACUUCAUGCGGAACCACCCCACCAUGUACAAUGCUGUGUAUCCAGUGCACAAGCGCCCCCUGGUGGUCCGUACCAACGUUGAUUACGAGUUCACCACAAUCACUGUGGACCAAGUUGCAGCAGCAGAUGGGAGUUAUGAGGUGCUUUUCUUGGGAACAGACAGAGGCACCGUGCAGAAAGUCAUUGUUCUUCCUCGAGAUGACCUACAGACUGAGGAACUAGUUCUGGAGGAAGUGGAGGUCUUUAGGGUUCCAACACCAAUAACAACGAUGAAGAUUUCUCCAAAACGACAACAACUGUAUGUGAGUUCAGCAGUGGGAAUGACUCAUCUGGCAUUACACAGAUGUGACGUGUAUGGAGAGGGGUGUGCAGACUGCUGCCUCGCUCGAGACCCUUACUGCGCUUGGGAUGGCAAGUCCUGCUCCCGUUACUCCACUAACCACAAGAGGCGCAGUCGAAGGCAAGAUGUGAAGUACGGCAACCCGAUCCGACAGUGCAGAGGCUACAACUCCAAUGCUAAUAGAAACACUCUAGAGACACUACAGUACGGAGUGGAGGGAAGCACAGCAUUUCUGGAGUGCCAGGCCAGGUCUCCUCAUGUGUCCAUCAAAUGGCAUUUUCAGAAGGAGAACAGUGACAGAAGACGAGAGAUCCGUUCAGAUGGGCGCGUGGUGCACACAGAUCAGGGCCUGCUUGUGCGCUCCCUGCAGCUCUCAGACGCCGGCACCUACCAGUGCACUGCCACAGAGAAGAACUUUAAACACACACUGGUGAAGCUGCAGUUGCUUGUGCUGUCAGUGCGCACGGUCAACAACAUCCAAAUGGAGACCGGAGCCUCUAUACCUGCCAUGCCUGCUGUCCCCCUACAGACCAGUGCCUGGACACCGAGUGCUGAGCAGUACAAAGACCUGCUAACCAUUCUGAGCCAACCUGAGAUGGGCUUAAUCAACCAGUACUGCCAGGACUACUGGCAAUUCGCUGAGCAUGACAAGAAAGACCCGUAUGAGGCGAAGGAGCAGCGCAAACCGCGUAACCGGAGACACCACGAGACCCAGAGGAGCUCAGCUGAGACAUGAGGAUGAGGCUGAGGAAGCAGGAACGGAAAAUGGAACAGAGACACAUAAAGGACAUGCAUCCACAAGACUCAAGAAAAAGAAAAAAAAAACUCCAUCUUGUUACAUAAUGAAAAUAAAUUAAAAUACAGAGUGACCGAUGGACUAAAUGGACACAUUAGAGCAGCGAGAGUAGGCAGUAUUUAUUGUAGUUUGUACAUAGUUAGCCUCUGUGGAUACCUUUGUACUGAGAGCACAAAAAGAGAAAAACAAAAGAGUUUUUGUGUAUAUGAUUCUUCUGUGCAGAUAUUUUAUUAUUGUUAUUCUUCGUAUAGCAUAUAGUGUUCUUGUCCUAAUGAACUGUGUGACUGUAUUAUAGGGGAAGGAAAAAGCACAGGUACAUGCUGUAUAUACUGUGUGGAUAAACACUCACUGCGCCUCGUUUGUAGGCGCUCUUAAUAGGCCACCUGGUAAUAUACCACAAGACUAUAACACCAGUGGUUUUACUCAGCAAGCAGUUUCCAUGGAUACGAGCUGUAUUCCUAAUCAGUCACACUUUAUGUAUGCUUUAGCUCACGCUAGAUAAUGCGCCACGUUACCCGAAGUCUAAAGUCUGAAGUGGGACAGACCGGGGGAAAAAAGAUCAGUUUAUUGACCCAAGAAGAAAUGAACAGCUCCUUGUAAUUGUGUUUAUUCAAACUCAAAAUUUUAUCAAAUUCAGAUUUCAAUUUUAAUUCUCACGGUAUGAUAUGCAGUGAAAUGCUUUUCUAUCAGCAUUGAUCUGAAAGUUGCACUGUGCAUACGUAAACAGAAUAAACACUUGAUUUGAUGAACAAACUGCAAUUAAUUAUAGAAAAGCCUUUUAUAGAAAAGCCUUCUACAACAUAGAACUGAAAUAAAUUUAAUUGAGAUUAAAUGUCAAAUUUAAGCAUGCAGAUGAAAAAAUUUUAUUAUAGUUGAUGGCCCUAAAAACAUAACUCUAUUUCGACCAAAUUUUUUUUUUUUUUUUAAGUUCAGUUAUGAUUCUCAAUGAUCUUGUUUUAGAUCACGAAUUCUAAAUUCAUUUCUUUGGCCAGAUCACAACCUUUAUUUGCACCCUUGCUUUAGCUGUUCUUGUAAAUGUUUGAAUGUGUCUAUGUAUUCAGACUUAAUUAUAUUGGCAACUCUGAAUACUUGGCUGAGGAAAUAAAAAUUCACACAGUCAUUGCUUGACUAGGAUAAGACUGUAGCACUGUAUACAGUUGAUUACAUCAUCCCAGCCCUACAUGUGAGGUUUAAAACAUCAGCUUUAUCUCUUUGUAAUGAUCUUGAUCUUCCAUGUCUAUAUGACUACAUGUGCAAAGUAGAAAUGUUGGGUUAGAACCAGACCUGUAUGUCACUCGGUCAGGUUCUAACCCAAAAGGAAAUCACACAUAGAAACCAUAUGCUUUUACUCAUGUUAAGAUAUUAUUUGUAAAUAGUACAUAAAAGUAUUGCACGCACAAGGACAAAAUACAUUAAUUUACAAAAUGCAUAGGACUUUCAAACCAGGACAUUGUUCCUUUAUUUCUAAAUUAAUACAUAUUUUAAAAAGUAUACCAUGUUGUGAUAACCUUGUACAUCUUUGUAAUAGAAAACUAUCAAGGAAAGCACUUUUAUCCACCUUAACCAGUCAUUUAGACUAUCGUCCCAGAGUUUUAGAAGAAUUGUUCUCAUUUUUGCAUGAAAUGUUUUUGUACUGUACAGCUUUAUUAGUUAAAACCAAGUUAUGUUGUUGUGUAGAUGUUUAUGGAUGGUCUUUUGUGUAAAAAUCACUUUAUGCGAAAACCACAAAUGAGCAUAGAGACCGAUUUAAAGAAACCGAGAACUACUUUAUGCACACAAGACAAGGUGUUAGGAGGCUAAGUGGACUUCAUUCUCAUGUCUCUCUUGCCUGUCUUGUGUAACUGCUUGACAUGUUGUAAAGCAGGCUGCUUCAAAUGACUGUUGUACAAUGUAGGGGGUUCUAUUUGUAAUACAUUAUAUACCACUGUGGUUUGUCUUUCAUUUUGUCUUUUCUAAUUCUUUCUGUGUAUAAAAUGUUAUUGGAAAUAGAUGUACUUCAGUGUUAUGGUACUGACUUUACUGUGCUUUUUUCCUUUAUUGUUGUUGUUAACUAAAUAAAGUUCUAUAUUUUAUAACAA